AGUAGGGAAGGGAAGGCGGGGCACAGUGCGGGCAAGCACAAAGUGCAGCGCAGAGUUGAUAAGAAAGCGCUGCGGAGGAGCAGAGAGAGGCGGAAAUCUUUGCGCACUGUAGGUGACAGGAGAGGUGGGGAGUAAAGAGUCGGAAAAGUGAGCAUAGUGUGGAGGAAAGCGGAGGGGCAAGGAAAGCACAGGGGAUAGAGCCUGAAAUCUGUUCAUAUUACGGGCGGAGAGCCGGAAUACUGGGUGCAUUUACUGACUUUAAACGGAUACUAAGGAGACAGUCACCUCUGUAGAUACGUCCUGUUCCGCAUUGGAGAAAAAAACUUUAAAAAACACACUUAAAAGUAUUUUUUCUCUCUCUCGCCGAGUGAAGAUGAUCUUAUUCCACGGGCUUGUACUGAGGCUGCAGAAUUGCAUAUUGGAUUGACCUGUUCCCUGGCGAUUGUUUUAAUCAGAGGCACAAAAGUUAAUUGUUGGAAAUAAGGUCAUUGUCGACUGAACGGAACGCGAGUCAGCGGGAGACUGAGCCAAGGUUCAAGUAAGAAAGAGUCGUAUUGUGGUCAUUGCAUGACAUUUGUCUGAGGGAAACUCCACCCACCUUUAAACAACAGAAGCUGUCGAGUACUGACUGUCGGUCCAUAAGGUUGCCAAGAUGGAAGAACAGUGCUACUACAAUGAAACCAUUGCAUUCUUUUACAACAACAGUAAGAAGCACCUGGCGACGGAAUGGAAUGCAGUGAGCAAGCUGGUCAUGGGUCUGGGCAUCACGGUCUGCAUCUUCAUCAUGCUUGCCAACAUGCUAGUGAUGAUCGCCAUCUACGUCAACCGUCGCUUCCACUUCCCUAUUUAUUACCUGAUGGCCAACUUGGCGGCUGCGGACUUCUUUGCCGGCCUGGCAUAUUUUUACCUCAUGUUCAACACGGGGCCCAACACCCGUCGGUUGACGGUCAGCACGUGGCUGCUCCGCCAGGGCCUCAUUGACACCAGCCUCACCGCCUCUGUGGCCAACCUGCUGGCCAUCGCCAUCGAGAGGCACAUCACCGUCUUCCGGAUGCAGCUCCACACCAGGAUGAGCAACCGGAGGGUGGUGGUGGUGAUCAUGGUGAUCUGGACCAUGGCCAUCGUCAUGGGUGCCAUCCCCAGUGUGGGCUGGAAUUGCAUCUGUGCCAUCACUAUCUGCUCCACCAUGGCCCCCCUGUACAGCAGCUCCUACCUGGUCUUCUGGGCCAUUUUCAACCUGGUCACCUUUGUCGUCAUGGUGAUCCUCUAUGCCCACAUCUUUGUCUACGUGCGUCAGAGGACUAUGAGGAUGUCACGCCACAGUUCGGGACCCCGCAGAAACCGUGACACCAUGAUGAGCCUGUUGAAGACUGUUUCCAUAGUGCUGGGAGCGUUUAUCAUCUGCUGGACUCCGGGGCUAGUUUUGCUGUUGCUCGAUGUGUUUUGCCCUGACUGCAGUGUCCUGACGUAUGAGAAGUUCUUCCUCUUGCUGGCCGAAUUCAACUCUGCGAUGAACCCCAUCAUCUACUCUUACCGCGACAAGGAAAUGAGCGCCACCUUCAAGCAGAUCCUGUGCUGCCAGCGGAACGAGACCAGCAAUGGAGCUGCGGAAGGUUCAGAUCGCUCGGCCUCCUCCCUCAACCAUACCAUCUUGAGCGGGGUACACAAUGAUCAUUCAAUGGUGUAAGUGGAGGCCUAUGAGCUGCAGUUGUCCUUUGCAAGAUAUCUAGGAUAUUGGAGCCUUCCAGAUGUGCGCAAGGAGAUCCCUGAAGACUAAAUGCUACACUAGCAUCAGGACCAAUACACAAACUAAUGCGAGAGACUGUUGACAAAUAUUUCUGUUUUAAUAGGACCUAGUGUGAUUCACCUUUAGUAAUGGGUUGAAGUCCUAAGUACUUGUGUUGUAUUACCUGCUAAACUGCAUUUAGCUGUAGAAGUUGAGGCUUUGUAAAAACAUAAUAAACUUAUUUUAUUCAACCCAUUAGCAUGCUUGGGAUGGACUUUUGCAUAGCAGGCAGAAUUCCACAUAUUAUUGUUUGUUGUCAGUACCCACUGAAUAGAAAAUACAUUUUUAAAGACUGGAAGUACUUUCAAUUUAUGGUAAGUUUUCCCAGGAGCAUAGGAGCCCAUGGAGGCUUUUCCUACGGGACUGACAAACCUUGUAAGCCAUUAAUAAAAGUUUGAGAUGUGCCUGUUAUACUUCCCUGUUAUUUUGAAAGCUACUUCGCAAGUCCCAAUUUGAGCCAAUUGUUUUACUUCUAAUAUUUGGCACUCCAAACACAUCUAUAUAUAACUGUGUAAAAGGUUAUGGACAUGUAAUGUGCAAAAUAUUGAUUCAGUAUUGGCAGUCGAGCUCUUUGAGUGAAAUUCUCAAAUUGCAGACAAUUUAAGACCUCUUGAAUAAAUAGUUCAUUAUUUGAAGCUUGGCUGACAAUAUUGAUUUUUGUUUGCUGCUAAUUAAGCUCUUCAUACUCAUGACUAUUACAGUUAAUAAAUGGAAAUAAAAACACUUUGGAAUAAAUAAUUUUUUGUCAGCAUAAAAUAAAGGUGAACUAUUUAACAUGGUCUGAAUUUUGCAUUUCAAAGUAAUGUUUAAAAAAUAUUGACAAUUUUUUUUUUAAAUUUCUGAUGUCUGGGUAUGAUCUUUGUGAACAGGUAUUAGUUCUUUGGGUUUCGUUGGCUACAGGAGGUGCCUUAUGUUGAUCCACCUGGACUGAUACCAGAUGUUUGGAUAAAUGAACUGCCUCGUUUGUGUGUAACAUCUUUUUGUUGAAAAGGUAAUAGUCCUGCCAAGUACCCAUGCUGUAUUGUGUGUCAUAUGUGCCAAAGCAUACUUUAAUAUUUGGUGCAUUCCCCUUCAUAAUAACAGUUGCAGGCAUUCAUUUAGUGAAUUCUAUUCUACAUGCCUUGUAAACAUUUCCUUGUCUAGAGUUCUUUUGGAAUUUCAGGAAUGAGAAUAUUCCCUGUAGAAUCUCUCUUAAAUACGUAAAAGAAUCGCUUUUAAAUACUAGGUGGUACAUGAAUCGGGCAUAACAUGGAAAUAUAGCUGUCCUUUGGAAUGCAUUCCUCAGUGUGGUCCAAGAUGUUAGUGCCAAAUGAAAAUGUGUACCUAUACGAAUCGGUGAAGUUAUUUUACUUUGCACUCAAGUGGAUGAAAUGAUUGGAAUAAAAUCAGCUACUGUACUCUAUAAUGUUUAAAUUGUUUUAGAAGUUGCAGAAAAAAGGCUUCAUUGGUGGUCAAUUUGGUGAUCACAUGCUUGGGCAAUUGUUAAUUAGCCAGAUUGUUAACCCUAAUGAAAUGUUGGGUGUUUGUAAAUUUGAUGCUGUUCAUGUGCAUUCCUGCAGUUUAUAAAGUGAUGUGGCAACAAUUGGCUCUGUAUUUCCAUUAAAUAAUGCACCAGGAAUGGAAAUGUUAAUCAGUGUCUCUUCGCUGAAUCUCAUGUAUUUAGUUAAUUGUUUUGUAUGUUUCAUGGAUUUAUACAAGUUAUGAUUUUUGUUUUCUUUAAGUGUUUUUUUCAAAGAUGAUGUAGUUUACAGGGCCCAGAUUGUUGUUCUAAGUAGUUUCCCUAAAUUAUGUCAGUUAGUGCUUAUUACGUUCUAAGCUAUGUAAAUAUUAUACUGCUGAAUGCACAAAGUGCUCAAGGCAGUACUGUGCAAUGUGUGCACCUGUAGUCUAAAAUGGUGGUACUGUUAAUUAUAACUAUGGAAAUGAUUCACCACUACAGAACACAAUAGUUUUGAUGUAGCCAGGUCUUGAGCAUUGACAUUGUAGUUGCACCUUGUGCCAGGAUGAGUUUUAAUUUACUAUUGAUAAAUGCUGUAGAGCUAACAGACAUUUCAGUCCUCACCUACUCUUUUGUCCCCUGGCCUAGUUAGUGGAACCUGAUUUUUGUCCUUUUACACCUUAAUCCAGUCUUGCUAACUCACGGGAAUAUAGUAAGACCGAUUGGGGUACACUUUGCCCAGCCAGGAACCAAGGCAGCACGAGAGAGCAUGGACUUGCACUGUUGAGGUGGUGGUGAGUCAGAAUAAGACUGUAGGGACCUUAUUGUUUGCACCAGGUACUGAUGCUAGCAGGGACUGGUCAAUUAAUUUUGAAUGGAGUAUGGUUGAAAGUGUUCAGUUGUUACUAAGAACAGGAGGUUGUUAAAUUCAAACUUGAAAUGUGGAUUUAUAUAUUUAAAAAUACUAACGUUGGACUGGGAAAUUCCUUGGAACUUUUCCCAGUUCAGUGGAGAGAUUUUACCAGAAGUGCCUUAGAAUUCCUCCCCCACUAUUUCCACAUAUAAACAAGUCCUCGGCGUGCAAAUGGAGUUCUCCAGUGGGCUUGCAGCAAAGCAAUGGUGUCUAAUGGAAAUGGGAAGCGAAUGGGGGAAUGUCCCUACUCGCUUCAAUCUGCAUUCUAACAUUCUGUAAUGUAACUUCUGAGAUUGUAUUUACAAAGUCUUUUUCACCUAUAUUAAAUUGUGAUAUUAAAACUAUUUGAGAUUUCUCAGAUAUUAAUAAAUAACUUGUGGAUCCCUUGCAUUAUAAACUCCUUUGAAAGUUUUAAGUACACUUCCUCCGCUAUUCAAAAUAAGGACCACUUUUGCAGAUAUAUUUAUGCCAUCCGUGUAAACAGUAAUAGUGAAAAUGCCAAUAUUAUCAGGUUCAAAGCAAAUGAAUUAGUUACAAAUUGAUAACUUUUUUUAACUUCCCAUUGAUGUUUACCUUUGUGAUUUAUAUAUAAAUAAUAAAAAAUAAUCAUUCCUUG